GACUGGACAUGUCUCAAGCCGUUGGCAACACUGCGCUCGCGUAUGCACGCGUUUGGCAUCAUGUCGACGCCAGCGACCGCAUUCUUGGGAAACUUGCUGAGCGAAUUGCCAUCGUUCUGAUGGGCAAACAUAAGCCCAUCUACGAUCCUUCUGUUGACUGUGGCGACUACGUCCUGGUGACCAACUGCAAGAAAAUCAAAGUCACCGGAAAGAAGGAGCAACAGCUUGUCUUUCGUUCACAUACUAUGUUUCCCGGUGGCUUGAAGGAGGUCAAGUACCAGAAUAUGAUGGCGAGAAGACCUGAUGAGAUCAUUCGCCACGCGGUUUCAGGCAUGCUUCCGAAGAACAAACUACGGGAUCGUAGGCUGGAAAGGUUGCGGAUUUUUGAGGACGACAAUAUGGGUGUGCUCCAGAAGAAUAUCUUGAAGCGGUGGGAGGAUGGCACACUGCGGUAGCAUCCAGCUUGUUUUCGCUUUCUCCUUUGUUGUCGUUGGCAUCUUAUCCAUCCGCUCUUGCUAUCCUUUCACCGGACCAGUAGGCUAACAAGACGAUUGUGAGGAGCCAGCCAUAAUAGUACGGCGAGUGGAUGUAUGUCAAGACAUUGAGUGGGACUCCUCAGUCUGUUUCUAGAUCACCCUCACCCUCACCCUCAUCACCGUCCUCAUCCUCGUCUUCGCUCUCAAUAUCCUCUUUU